AUUUAGUCUAAAUUAGAUUUAUGAUGAUAUAUAAUAUUUAGACCUAGAAUCUAAAUAUACCUUGGUUGGUAUAGGCCACAUACCGCUGUUAGAGAUUGUUACAAAAGGGGCAUGACGCGCUGACGCGCCAAUCCGGUGUUGUGUCCGGUGCAUCUUCGCCCUGGAGAGAAGGUGGUCUGAGUUUCUGUCUCGUCCUCAAAUAGACUCCGGUUUUGGGAAUAUCCGUCUGUGUACAUUCUACGAAGAAGACGAAAGUAAUCUAUCUAGUUCAUGUGACAUAAUUUUUAGCGAUUUUUGUUUGUUUGGUGGGGGCUUUUUAAGCCCUGUGACGGACGCGUUUUGGAAUGCGUAACAGGUGAGGAAAAGGUUUAUCGUGGACAAUCGAACUUUUACCUUGGGGAAAUUUGAGAAGAUGGACUUUGAUCUCAAGUAGACUGCCACCUGCGAUAAUCCUCAACCUUGGAUUUACUAAAGUAAGACUUGUGGAAUAUAUCCAUAAUAUUUUGACUGCAAAGUUUGCUAUUAAAGAUGGAUGGAAUAUUUCAACGUGGUUGUCAAGAUUUUUUUCUUUUCCAGUAAUGGACUUCAGAACUUCUAUUUGCACUUUACUUUACUUUAAAGACUCCUGGUCAUACAUUGUUUAUUAGCUGUGGAUGAAAACCCCUGAGUUUAUAAGACCGUGACAUGGCACUCCGUUUGGCACCACGAAACAGCACAAUUUACCGUCAUCCCCCCAAACCCAGGUUGAGAAUAUUCUUCACCUUCAUCUUGCUUCUACUCAUCUUCACACCCAGAGUGGAAUCUUCCUGGUGGUACAUCGGGGCGCUGGGCGCCAGGGUGAUCUGCGACAACAUCCCGGGGCUUGUGAACAAGCAGCGGCAGCUCUGCCAGCGGCACCCAGACCUGAUGCAGUCCAUCGGGGAGGGCGCCCAGGAGUGGAUCAAGGAGUGCCAGCACCAGUUCAGGCACCAGCGCUGGAACUGCAGCACGCUGGAGAGAGACCACACCGUGUUCGGGAGGGUCAUGCACCACAGUAGCCGCGAGGCGGCAUUCGUGUACGCCAUCUCCUCGGCAGGCGUGGUGUACGCCAUCACCCGCGCCUGCAGCCAGGGCGACCUGAAGAUCUGCAGCUGCGACAGUCAGAAGCGCGGCCAGGCCAGUGACGACAGGGGCGAGUUUGGCUGGGGGGGCUGCAGCGACAACAUCCACUACGGCAUCAAGUUCGCCAAGGCGUUCGUAGACGCCAGGGAGAGGAUGGUGAAGGAUGCACGGGCGCUCAUGAACCUCCACAACAACCGCUGCGGUCGAAUGGCGGUGAAGCGCUUCAUGAAGCUGGAGUGCAAGUGUCACGGGGUCAGCGGCUCCUGCGCCCUGAGGACCUGCUGGCUCGCCAUGUCCGACUUCCGGCGCACCGGAGACUACCUCCGCAAGAAGUACAACACGGCGGUGGAGGUGACCAUGAACCAGGACGGGACGGGCUUCACCGUUGCCGACAGGAACCUCCAGGGCAGCACCAAGAACGAGCUGGUGUUCGUGGAGAACUCACCCGACUACUGUCUCAUGGACAGAUCCGCUGGCUCUCUGGGAACAGCCGGGCGGGUCUGCAACAAGUCUUCCCGGGGGACGGACGGCUGCGAGGUCAUGUGCUGUGGGCGGGGCUAUGACACGAUGCGGGUGAAGCGCGUCACGCAGUGCGAGUGUAAGUUCAGGUGGUGCUGUGCGGUGGAGUGCAAGGACUGUGAGGACACGGUGGACGUCCACACCUGCAAGCCCCACAAACGACCCAGCUGGCUGGACCUCACCUGAUGACGCUUGGGGGGCCACCAAUGCAUUCUGGGUAUGCACAGGUAACUGAACUGCAUUGUGGGAUGUCCAGGUCCGCUACCGCCCCCCACCAACACCACCAACCCCGCCUCACCUUUUCCCACAACUCCAUCCUGACCUCUGUUUUCUUUGGGGCUUUCUUUUAAACCCGCCCAUGAUGGAGUCUACCGGACGACGACAAGACUGAGGAGAAGGAUCAUGGAGUGAAUUAAAAACUAAAACUAAACAAAAACCUGUUUUAAAACGAUUUAAAGCAGGUGUUACUGACUACCUUGGAGUGGAGUCAGAGAGGGACACUCCUGUCUGUCAGGAGUGAGGCCUGUGCUGCUUGUAUGACCAUGACAAUACUUCCUAUCAGGCGUUGAAAUGCAGACUGUUACGUGAACAUGUGGCGUUGAAGUAGAAUUUGACGGUGUUUUAGUGAUGUACAGUGUGUAUGUCUCUCAUUAUGCUAAGUCAAAGAUUUUUUUGAAGCUACCUUUGGUUGAUAGUGUCCUUGCCCUGUUGCCCUGUUGGUUUGAAAAAUAAAUGAAAAAAAGAGAGACUAGUACUAGAGAUGCUGUUUUCACAGGUGUGUGCUCUCAGUAAAGCACCCUGCCAUGCCUGUAAUUAUGUACUUUUGUAUUGUGUACACGAUAAACUGUCAUGAAAACGUUCCUUCAAAAUGGUUCCAGCAUCCAACACGAGCUGUUUUAGAGGUCAAGACAGAAUCACUGGGGAGUCAGGCUGCUGUUGCUACGAGAGAUAAAAAAUGACAUUGUGAACAAAUGUUUAUGCGAAAUUCAGAAAAAACAUGACUGGGAAGACUUAUCUCUGGAAGGUUCAAUUACACGUCCUCAUGCAGACUCAGUGAUGGACGGUUUGUGUCACAGUUUCCUCCUGUGCAUUCAUCACUAGUUUCCGAGUCUGUCUCCCAUGUUAUCACAAAAGAGCACUUUUCUCCUGCGUUGUUACACAAGCCUGGGCUGACUGGGCUGUGUGGAGUCCAGCUUCAUCAAGAGCCACUAGCAGAGCCAGAGAGAGAUGGAGGACUGAAAUAAAAACAGGACGUUGCACAAGGCGCUGUUUAGUUCCACAGAACCAGCAGAACCAUCCGGAGGCUACUGAAUCCAGGGCCAGCAGAGUCCUCCUGGAGGUUGGUCUAGGCCGGUACACAGAUCUGUCA